AUGGAGACCGCCAAGGAUAUCAUCAAGGGCGAAGAGCCCACCGCUCUCGAGAAGAUGGCCAGCGGGAUCACCGCCGACGGCCCUGGUGCCACGCGAGUGCCCAAGUGUCCCGUCAUGGGUCCGCUGGGUCCCAACCUGAUGACGACCAGUGUCGGUCAGCCGCUGCCAGACAUGCGCACAUCUCUGAACAUCGGCGGCUACGUGCUGGCCUCCGAUGUCCACCUCAUGGAGAAGCAGCAGACCUUCAACAGGUCCAAGAUCUGCGAGCGCAUGGUACACGCGUGUGGCAUGGGCGCUUUCGGUUACUUCGAGGUCACCAAGGACGUGAGCCGCUACACCAAGGCCAAGUUCUUGGAAUCGGUGGGCAAGCAGACGCCGGUGUUCGCACGCUUCAGCACUGUCACCUACGGCAGGGAGUUUCCCGACUCGGCCCGUAACCCUCGGGGCUUCGCCGUCAAGUUCUACACCGAGGAGGGCAACUACGAUCUCGUGGGUUUGAACUUCCCGAUCUUCUUCGCGCGCGAUCCGGCCCUGGGACCCGACGUUAUCCGCUCGCAGACCCGCGAUGCCGAGAACUUCCUGCUCAACUUCGACGCUCUCUUCGACUUCCUCAUCAAUGUCCCCGAGUCUCUUCACUGCGCCACCAUGUUCUUCUCCAACCGCGGCACUCCCUACGGCUUCCGCCACAUGGAGGGCUACGGUUGCCACACCUUCAAGUGGGUCAACGCCGACGGCGAGGAGCACUACAUCAAGUAUCACUUCCUCCCGGAGGCAGGCGUGCGCAACUUCACCAACGCCGAGGCGACGGCCAUGUGCGGUCUCGAUCCGGACUUUGCCAAGCGCGAUCUGUGGCAACACAUCAACAAGGGCGGCGAGGUCGUGUGGAAGGCCUAUAUCCAGAUCAUGACUCCCGAACAAGCUAGCACCUGCCCCUACGACCCCUUUGAUGUGACCAAGGUGUGGUCCCAUGACGACUUCCCUCUCUACGAGUACGGCCGCCUUGUUCUCAACCGCAACGUCGACAACUACCACCGCGAUGUCGAGCAGGCAGCCUUUUCGCCUGGUUCGCUUGUUCCGGGCAUCGAGCCGUCGCCUGAUCCGCUGCUUCAGUUCAGGUGCUUCUUCUACCGGGACACGCAGUACUACCGCUUGGCUCGUUUUGUGAACCCCCAACAGAUCCCUGUGAACUGCCCGUUCGCGGCCAAGGUCAACCACCCGCAGAGCCGCGAUGGACUUAUGCGCACGGACUACAACGGCGAAGGCGAGCCUACCAUCUACCCCAACAGCCGAAAUGGCCCAAUGGGAGAUGCCAAGUACAACUGGAAGCCAGUGCCAGUGACUGGUGUCAUUGACCGCGCUAGCAGCUCGCGUCAUGCCGGCACCGACUCAGAGUAUGACCAGGCACGUGAGCUCUUCACCAAGAUCAUGAGCGACGCCGAGAGGAUGCACCUGUUCAACAAUAUCGCCGAGUUCCUCAAGCUCGCCAACCCCGACAUUCAGGAAAAGACCAUCAUGGCCUUUGGCAAGGUCCACGCUGACUAUGCCCAGGGCAUCCGCAAAGCCCUUGCAGCAGCCUCCAUCCCACCAACUCCCGCUGGCCACGCUGACAUCUGA